AGAGCUGCCUUGGCAGAAUUCAGCUCUAUGAAUCACUUCGGAAAAUUGGUUCGACUGAAUGGCCUUAGGAGGAAAAACGUUUUAAUAGGAUCCAGGGGAGGUUCUGCUGUUUCAAUCUGCUCCUUAAACAGGUGGAGAUUGGACCGUCUCAAUUAUACAAACAGUAAGUACCCGUCAGCGGGGAGACCUGCCCUCGGAAUCCUCCUUGCUCGCAGCCCUGAACCCGCAGCGGAGUCGGGCUUUGCCUCAGAAACCCGAUCACAAAUCAGCGAUCCCGAUCAAUCAAGCUCUCAAACAGCCCUCCCGCUCAGGGUGCAGCCUCCCUCAGCCGCAGGCGGAGAGCGAGUCGGAGAGGGGGACGCGCACCCUCCAGGCGCCGAAGCCCCCAGGAUCUGGGCGCGCGGCCUUGCUCCUACGGACGCUACGGGGUCGUCCUUUGGCUGCGGGAGCUCUCUCCCGACCUCCGACGCCAGCCAAGGCGAGCUGGUUGUUUUUGCAUAAAUUAAUAUUUCCCCAUUAACAAGUUCCCCCCUCCAAACGCAGCGCCCGCGUCCCUGCGCCACAUCCUAAUGAGGUAAUUAUCAUUUGCGCGUGUUCGGGGCUGGCGCCGGCUCCGUGGGUAAAUGGCAGUUUAUUAGCACGAUGCCCAGCGCGGCUGCAGAGGGCUAAGGGAUACUUCGGUGACUAGACGGACACCCAGGGGCCCUUUGAGGCGGCGCGCCCGGGACCCCCUGCCCUCUCCGCGUCCCCCAAACCUAUAGGCCCCCAAAGUUGUGAAUCACGCACGGAACUCUGCCUGGGUUUGGGCUCCCCCCCCUUUUUUUUUCCACCGGCAAAACCAUCACGAUUCCUCCCCCUCCCCCUCCCGUCUCUUCCCUCCUUCCCGAUUCGCGAACCGCUCGCACUUUCCCGAGGGGAGCGCGGGCGCCAGUUGCCUCCUUUUAAAGUUUGAGGGGCGGUGGCGGCGGCGGCCGGCAGGCGCGGUGGAACACAGGGGCCGCUACAGGAGCCGCGCCGCCGCCCAUGUCAUUCCACUUCAAGUGACUUCAUGUGAUGUCAGCUGAAUGUAAAAGACAGUGAUCUCACGCGGAGGGGAAGAUGUUUGCCAUCAAAAUGUGACAGAGGAGACAGGCUGCAUGGCUCGGACCGCAUCUCCUUGGCGGUGGGGGAAAGAGACUUAGAGGAGAGAGGCUGCGCCCUGGCCCAGUCCGGUACGACUCGGCUCGGCGCGCCAUGGCAAGCUCGGCUUCCCUGGAGACCAUGGUGCCCCCGGCCUGCCCGCGCGCAGGAGCGUCGCCGGCCACUUCCAAGACUCUGGCCUUUUCCAUCGAGCGCAUCAUGGCUAAGACGUCGGAGCCCCGCGCGCCCUUUGAGCCCCGGCCGGGGGCACUGGAGGCGGAUAGCGGCCAGGGCAAGAAAUUGCUCAACCUCUGCUCGCCGCUGCCCUGUAUGAUCCCCCUCCAGCCCCUAGGCUACGAGGUGCCGUCCAAGACGCUGCUCAGUUACUCUGAGCUCUGGAAAAGCAGCCUCCGGGCGGGCGGCAGCGGCGGCGGCGGAGGAGGAGGUGGAGGCGGCGGUGGGGGGGCCCCGGUGUGCGGCGCCAGCGGCUUGUGCAAAACCAACUGUGGCGUGUGCUGCAAGGCCGAGCUGGGCCUGGUACCGUCGGCGCUGCCCGCGGGCAGGGUCAUCAAGCCGCAGGUCAUCAACCAGGCCGUGGGGCUUCCGGCCAGCGGUUCGCUCUACUACUUCAACUACCUGGACUCCGCCACGUACCCGCCGUCUGAGCUCCUCGGCGGCCACCUCUUCCCGUCCGGUCUCCUCAACACACAGGCCCCCGCUGCCCUGGCUGCGCACCCCAAGCUCUUUUUGCUGGAGAACGCCAAGUUGGCCGGCCUGACCGCGGACAAGUUUGCCCAUCCAGCCCCCUACGCCCAUAAGGAGCGCUUGCCUGCGCCGCUGGAGCAGGUGCUGAAGGAGAACUCGGCCCUGACUGCUGAGCGCGGUGGCGUCAAGGGCCACAGCAAGCUGCCCGGUGGCUCAGCGGACGGCAAGCCUAAAAACUUCACCUGUGAGGUGUGCGGAAAGGUGUUUAACGCUCACUAUAACCUCACCCGCCACAUGCCAGUCCACACUGGAGCCAGACCGUUCGUGUGCAAAGUCUGUGGCAAAGGCUUCCGCCAGGCCAGCACGCUCUGCAGACACAAAAUUAUCCACACCCAGGAAAAGCCGCAUAAAUGCAACCAGUGCGGCAAAGCCUUCAACCGCAGCUCCACGCUCAACACACACAUUCGCAUCCACGCGGGCUACAAGCCCUUCGUCUGUGAAUUUUGCGGCAAAGGCUUUCACCAAAAAGGGAACUACAAGAAUCACAAGCUGACCCACAGCGGCGAGAAGCAGUACAAAUGUACCAUUUGCAACAAGGCCUUCCACCAAGUCUACAACCUGACCUUCCACAUGCACACCCACAACGACAAGAAGCCUUUCACGUGCGCCACUUGCGGCAAAGGGUUUUGCAGAAACUUUGACUUAAAGAAACACGUGCGCAAACUCCACGACAGCGUGGGCCCCGCCGCCCCCUCCACAAAGGACCUGACUCGGACAGUGCAGAGCUGAGAGCUCCUGCCUCACCCUCCCUUCCAGUCCUAUCCAACCCCCAAACAGAUCACACGUAUAAACUUAUUUCUAAAAUUAAGAGAAAGGAAAGAGAGAGAGAGAGAAAAAAAAAAGCUAUAGCAGAAAGGCUAAAAUCUAUUUAUCGAAACCAGCAUAUUUUUGGAAAGCUAAACGUUUCCUCGAUGACUGGCAGCAAACGCCUGGCUCCCCACCUUUGUAUAUUCGGGAAACUUAUUUAAACCCAGCGCGCCGAAACGUAUUUAAUUCCAGGCCUCGGCUUCUGGCUUCUCCUCCGGCGGCAGCGGGUUUUAACCCCAGCCUGUCACGUGAACGUCCCGGAAGAGCGCGGCGCCCCCAGCCAUCUUUAUACAGCCAUGUAAAUUCUCCUGUACACACGAACACGGAAUAUAUACAUAUAUAACUCAAUAAACAGAAUCCUUAGUGCGUCUUUUCUUUUACCCCCUCUACCCUCGCCGCAAAUCAGCUCAGCAACCCUAAAGAAUGAAAAAGAAAUAGGCGUUUUAAGCAUUUCUCGGCCGCGCACAUGCGACGUUUUCUGAGGGCACUGGAACCAGGGUGAGGCCAGAUCGGUCCUCCUGCCACGCUAACGUGUUCAGAUCCCCCAGGAACCAAGGAUGUAAAGGCCUACAACGGCCCUCACGUUGUAUACCAAGUUUUUAUUUGCUAACUGUUCUGACCAAGGGAUUCUGGGUGUUGCCAUAUUUGGGUGAGUUUUUUAAAAAGAAGGGAUUCAAAGUGGCUAGGUGUUGGAGAGCAGGUUUGGGGUGCGUGUCCUAGAGCAAAGAGCCGCACCACAGUGGGGUAAAUGGCAUGGGCACUGCCGCGCCGGGGCGCUUCUGGGCACACCCUCUUGUCUGGGUGAUGUAAGGGGAGCCACUCUUCCACUCAAUCAUUCCUGGCGGCGAGAACUGGGGGCCAAGUGUCCCAGCCCAUUCCGAGCUUUAGGGCUCCGCGGCCCGCGCUGUGGUCUGAGGCCGGCCUCCGGGUGCGGGGCGCCCUGCCGCGGGAGGGCGCAUCCGGGCUCCUGCGGCUCGCAGCCGCCGCCGCCCCCAGCGUUCUGAUUACCGCUCAGUUAGCCCAUUUCCUGAAUAGCUAUCUCCGCCGCCGAGCACGCUGAUGAAAUGAUCUCACGCUUGCUUUCUAAGUAAUGACCCAAAUUAAGAGAGAAAACAGAGACCCUUCAAACAGCAUUACAUUAAUCAUCUAAUCAUUCCCAGGAGGGGGCCGGCCGCCGCCGCCCCGUUUGAUCCGAAUCUGGAUAAUCAAGAGCUCGGAUUACUGGCUCGGCGCGCCGGGCCUUCUCCUCCCGCCCCUAAUAUUCGCACUGCGAUUCAGCCCACGUUUUCUGGAACAAUGUUCCCCAGCGCCAGAAGGAAAUGUGGCGCGGGGCCGGGGAGUGGGCUUCCACGCAGCCUCGCCACUGCAAGGGCUAGGGCGGCGGCGUCUGGGCGCUGAUCCCACGCGGAUUCCCACUGCAGGUGGAGGGUAUUUGGAGGGAAAGAUGGUUAAUGCAAAAGGAAACUCCCAAGUAAGUCUGAAAGUGACUUGAGUGGGUAUUAUCCCAGAGCCCGGUAUACAGUAGGCGCUUAGCGCUGCUUGCGCCAGGGACUCCCACAACCAAAGAAGCUCACAUUGCCGGAGCUCUUGCUCCACGCCACUCAAACCAUAUUCUUUCUAACGUUCACAACCCGCAAGCUGGGGGGUGAUUAUUCUCACCCUGUGGAAGGAUGGAGAAAUUGAGGCAGAGAUCAAAACUAAAUGACCUGCCUAGGGUCCCAGGACUAGGUAGGGUCAGGAAUCGGAGUCUAGACUUUUAGAAAAUCCCAGCUGCCUUCUGUCCUCGUUGGUGGGGGAGGAGUGUCCCAGCUGGGACUCGGGAGAAGACGUUCGGCUGCUGGGUGGAAGUUCUGUCCAGGUCACAGCCAAAGGUUGGGUCCUCACCCCACCCCCCUCCCGAUUCGCAGACCCAUUGCGCGGGGAAGGAGAAUUGUCGAUUUUGUUUGCACAGAGGACAGCGACAGCUUCCUCAGGCUGUCGCGGGGGUAUUUUUAGUACCUCCGAUUCAGAAAUAGGAACGUGUACAUUAGAAUUCCAUUUCCUGAAAGGAGAGCGUCCUCGUUUUUUUUUUGUAUUCCUCUCCCCCUCCCAAGUCUGGGAAGACGCAGCCAGGGGAGGGGGGCGAGGAAGCGAGGAGGAAUUUAAAUGUUAGCUCGUUCUGGCUGCAUUUCGCUGAGGGGAGAUUGGGACCCAGAGGGAUAUGCAGAUUUAACUCCGAAAUCUCGGUGGAUGCCACAAACCCCAGGAAACCCCACAUUGGGCGAGGAGGACUUGGCGGCUAAAGAUACGGAAAUAGCGCCUUGCUCUUCCCAGACAUCUAUCCCCAGGGGGCUUGCGGGCUGGUUUGAGGAGUCCGAUCCUAUCCCAGUUUUAUCUCCUUAGGUUUUAUUAGCCCCGCCUCACAGAUACACACCCCUUCCCCAUUUCUGGGAGCUCCUGGGUGCCCUCCGACUGUCUCAAUCAAAAAUCCUUUGCUUCUUGCAUCUCUGAAAGGAUCCUUGGCAGAGGGGCUUCUUGGAGACCAGACACUGGCCAGGACAAGUCCACCUUCUUCCUAAAUAGUUCCAGAACUUUGGGCAAGUGGCAGACACCACAAAAUUUAGCGCAGAAGCCUCCUCUUAGAGAAUUGGGUUUAAAAAGUUGGCCUGCAUUCAGGAAAGGUGAUUCGGUUCUCCUCUUUCUCCUUAGGAAGAAAAGAUAAAUAAAAAAUAGAUGGGGCACUCCCAUCCAGGGAAAUAACUUUCUAACCAUCAAGUGAGAGAAUGGUUCUCUGAGGAAAUUCUUCUGUAAUGUUUUCACAGGAGAAAGACUAAAAGGGUUGCCCAUCUCAUAAACUGGAGACAUUUAUUUUCAGGUGAUGGUUCUGAAGAGGGUUGAAGAUCCCAUGUUUGCAAAGGACUGCAAAUGAGAUAAUACUAACGCGUGGAACAGGAGGCAUUUCUCUCUUGGACUGCUCAUCUCUCUCUGCCGUCGGGGAGAGGCUCAGUCCUGGUGAUGGCUUAACUUCUGACAGAAGUCACCUCUCAAAAGCAAAUAUGCACCAGAAGAAACGGAUCUCAGUAAGUUCUACACCUGUAAAAGAAUAAACAACCCAGUCUCCUUUGAUGAAUUUUUUAAAACAAGUCGUGUCUUGCCUCCUACUCCUGGUAUGAGGAUGCUAUUAACGUAACUGUGCAGCUGACUGGAAGACACUUCAGUCUCCUUUCCAAGAAUGGCUUCCAACAAGGCAUCGUGGAUGAAAAUGUACUGCUCCUACAAGGCAGAGGACAUGACGGUCACCGAGCAUGCUGUCAAUGACGAUGUAGGUGCCUGUCCGGCCCACACCAGCGCUGGAAGAAAGGCAGACCUCACCUAGCACACCUGCUGCUCGACCCCGGCACGGACCGCGGAAACCAUCCUCCGCCUCUCUAAGGCCCUGAGAAAUAACCCUGCUGUUCGGGGGACCCGGCGCAGGUUAUGAUGAAUGGAGAACGUCCACAAACGACAAGAGGAUCCUUCCUCCCUCUUGAGUCUUGAUGAGGAGGGAAGGCUACCUUCAUACCUUGCAUGAAAAUAGAGACUAUGUAUACUUAAAUAAAAUAUAUAUAAGCUA